AUGCCCUACGUUCUGGUGACGAUUUGCUGCGCAUUUGCUGCUUUGGGCUCCUUUCUUUUUGGCUACGAUUGCGGUAUCAUCUCGUCGAGUAUUGCCCAGGAUGACUUCGUACAGAGAUUCAAGGGUCAAUUGAACGACGCCUCUACCGGCGGUAUUGUUUCGUCUUUCACUGGUGAGCGGUCAUUCCACCUUGACCUACAUUCUGAUCCUCUGAUCGAUGUGCCUCGAGAAGGAGCCAGAGUAACUAAUGUCAUUAUUUCCCUCGUAGGAGGCGCUAUUGUUGGAUCUCUUGGAGUCUCAUACCUAUCCGAUCUCCAUGGUCGACGGAUGGUCAUUUUCGUUGGCGGAAUCCUGGGCACUCUAGGAGCUUGUCUCCAAGGCGCAGCGUCUACAAUUGCAAUGUUAAUUGUAGGGCGCUUUACCGCCGGAGUAGCCGUUGGGAUAAUGUCUGCUACCAUCCCUGUUUAUUGCCAAUGGGUUGGCUUCGGCAGCUCCCAUGCGAGGUACUCCUUCUCCUGGCGUUUCCCUCUAAGCCUCCAAGCCUUUCCUGCUCUACUUCUUGUUGUUGGAGCCUUAUUCCUCCCUGAAUCACCGCGCUGGCUUAUCGAGCAUGGCCAAUCCCAGCGCGGGUAUGAUACCCUCGUCCGAUUGCACUCAACCCGCGCACAUUCCAAUACCUCACUCAUCCAGCAGGAGUAUAAACAAAUAUGCGAAACCAUCUCCAUCGAACAGCGCGAAUCCUCGAAAUCCUGGCGCGACAUCCUUCUUAAAAACCCAAGUUGGCGCCGCCGCAUCCUCCUCGCAGCCGGAAUCCAGGCCUUCACCCAAUGCUCUGGUGUCAAUGUAAUCCAAUUUUACGGCCCCCGCCUCUAUGCGACACUGGGCUUCUCCACCUCACGUUCGCUAAUGAUUAUCGGUAUCUCUGGUGCCCUGGCACAGACUUGGAACACGCUGUGCCUAUUCCUGCUCGACCGGGUCGGCCGGCGUAAACUACUCAUCCCAUCCUUACUAGGCAUGGGCGCCACACUAUGCGUCGAAGCAACGCUAUCACACUACUUCAACCCGGAUAGCUCGACAAAUGCGCACGCCCUCCGCAGCGCCGUCGCUAUGUACUUUGUCUUCUCGCUCUUUUUCACACCCCUCGGUGUGUUGUCGUGGAUAUACCCCGCAGAGAUCUUCAGCACGCCCAUCCGGGCCCGCGGAACCUCCGUCAGUACAUUCGUCAACUGGUCAUUCAAUCUGUUGUUUGCACAGUGUGCACCAAUUGGACUGUCAAGGUUGGAAUAUCGAUUCUUUUAUUUCUUUAUGGCGUUUAAUUGGGUCGGAGCAGCGAUGGUUUGGUUGUGGUAUCCGGAAACCGUAGGGAAGACGUUGGAGGAAGUGGAAGACGUGUUUAGGGAUGGAAAUUUGACAUCGAGGGUGACUCGCGUGGCAAAUGGGCUUACCCCUCGCAACAGUGGUUGUGAGGAAGCCUCGGUGUCUCCCGCUGGAGGACCUGUACAGGAGACGAAAGGAGCCGUGUAA